AUGGCGGAAUUUCGGCUGUCGAACACGACGCUGAAGCGCAUGAUGCACCACAUGUCAGAUGAUAUGGAUCGGGGGCUACAAGGCGGUCUGUCCAAAAGCACAAUCGGAAUGCUGUCCAGUUUCGUGCCAGAGCUGCCAGAUGGUUCAGAACGCGGCAAAUUCGUGGCGAUGGACCUGGGCGGGACGAAUCUGCGGGUGAUGAUCAUGGAGAUCGAGCCGGGCGAGGAGAUGCGCUGCAAACAAUUCAACACCAGGAUGCCGAACUGGGCACAGCAUGGCACUGGCGUACAGCUGUUCGAUUUCAUCGCCAAGGCCCUGGCCGAUUUCCUGAUCGAAAAAGGCGUGGACCAGGACGGUCUCCCAGUCGGCUUCACCUUCUCCUACCCCUGCAACCAAACAUCACUACGCUCCGCUACGUUAUUACGAUGGACCAAGGGCGUGACGGCCAAAGGUUGCGUGGGCCGAGAUGUCGUCCAAAUGCUCGAGGAAGCCAUCCAGAGAGAUGGGCGCAUCAACGUCGAAAUCAUGGCGCUGAUCAACGACACGGUGGGCACGAUGGUGGCCGCAGCCUAUCAGAAUAACGGGCAAUGCGAUAUUGGGGUGAUUAUUGGCACUGGCACCAACGCUUCCUACAUGGAAAACACCAAAAACAUCCACUACGGCCUGCAGAACGCCACCGAGAAGUACAACUACAAUCAAAUGAUCAUCGACACGGAGUGGGGCGGCUUUGGCGACAGGGGAGAAGCCGACUACAUCUUCACCGAAUACGACAAGAUUGUCGACAAAAGAUCUGAUCAUCCGGGUGUAAAUUCGCUGGACAAGCUGAUUGCUGGAAUGUGCAUGGGAGAACUGGUCCGACUCGUCUUAGAAAAGCUGACCAGAGGAAAGGUUCUCUUCGAGGGUCUCGGCUCGGAGACGCUCUUCACAAUCGGCUCCUUCCCCACCAAAUACAUUUCUGAGAUUCUACAUGAUGAUUGCGGCUCAUAUGUGCAUACCCGGCAAAUUAUGGGCGAGCUGGGGAUCGAUGACUAUACAUUUUCGGAUAUGCUGUUGUUUAGAGAAGUCUGCGUGGUCGUCUCCAGAAGAGCAGCGAAUCUGGCGGCAGCUUCAAUCGCCUGCGUGCUAAAUCGGGUCAAAAAGCCGCAUAUGAUUGUGGGAAUUGACGGGUCGACUUAUAAAUACCACCCCUUCUUCGAGCACUGGGUGUACGAGAAGAUCCGCGAGCUGAUCGAGCCCGGGCUAGAUUUCAAAAUCGUUCAAACCGGCGACGGAUCCGGAAGGGGAGCCGCCCUAAUUACGGCCAUUAUUUGGAGACUCAAGAAAAGACGCCAAGCCGAAGAGCAGAAACAUUUGGAUCGAAGACUGUCGAUAGAGCAGUACGAGAAAGAGAGGGAAGAAAAGGAGAAGCAGACGGAGGAAGUGAAGCAGAUUGAGAACAAAUGGUUCGACAGCCCAACUGAAGUGAUCGCCGCGGCCAUUGGGCAGUCUGUAGCUGAAGAUCCGGUUGAUGUAGCUGCUCACGAGAUUGAGGAGCCGGAAGAAUCGGUGGUCGAACCUGAUGACGGCCCCGGAACACUGGUAGACGAGCACAGAAUCAAGCCGGAAGCGGAACCGGAAACGCCACACAAAAAACUGAACGGCUCCCCUGAGAAGGAUCAUCAUCAUCAUCAUCAAGGUCUGAAAAAUCAGGAGCCGGUCGAAAUUCCGUACCUGAACGGUGGACAGGAUGAUGAUACAUCCACCUCAUCGCUUUCUGAAGAGCUCGACGGCUCCGCCAGGGAAAUUGAA